CCACAAAAAUAUCAAAUAUAAAAAAAAUUAAAAAGAAAAAGGAAAAAGGUGCAGGUUUAUAGUGACAACGGCUCUAUAUUCUCCACUCGCGUUCCCCUACCCAACGCCACGCCUCCUUUCCCUACCCAUGCGGCCGCAUAACUGCCCAUAAAUUGCCGGAAUAACUAACUCCUCGAUCCUAUCGGCGGCGGAUUGGUCCGGGAGUCCUAAGGUUCCGGCCAGCCGUCGAGGUUCUCUGUGUGUCUGUUUGUGCGUGGGGUUUAAUGGCGUCGGAGGACGUGAAGAGGACGAGUGAUUCUGCAGUGUCGACGAUUGUAAACCUGGCCGAGGAGGCGAAGCUCGCCAGCGAAGGAGUGAAGGCGCCGACCGGCCAUGCUUUGCUUAGCAUCGCCAAGUCCCUCGUCGCCGGAGGAGUCGCCGGUGGAGUGUCACGAACUGCUGUCGCUCCAUUGGAAAGAUUAAAAAUUUUGCUGCAGGUUCAAAAUCCUCAUAGUAUUAAAUACAAUGGGACAAUUCAGGGCUUGAAGUACAUAUGGAGAACUGAGGGUUUUAGAGGCUUGUUUAAAGGCAAUGGAACUAAUUGUGCUCGCAUAGUCCCAAAUUCAGCAGUCAAGUUCUUUAGCUACGACGAAGCAUCAAAGGGUAUUCUAUGGUUCUACCGACAGCAAACUGGAAAUGAAGAUGCUCAACUCACACCUCUAUUACGCCUUGGAGCUGGUGCAUGUGCUGGAAUUAUUGCCAUGUCAGCAACUUACCCAAUGGACAUGGUACGAGGUCGUCUGACUGUCCAGACAGACAUGUCUCCUCAGCAAUAUAGGGGAAUAUAUCAUGCUCUCUCUACUGUCUUUAGGGAAGAAGGACCCCGGGCUCUGUACAGAGGCUGGCUGCCUUCUGUCAUAGGAGUUGUACCUUAUGUUGGUCUCAAUUUUGCUGUUUAUGAAUCUCUGAAAGACUGGUUGAUCAAAAGUAGACCUUUUGGACUAGUCCAGGACUCUGAGUUGAGUGUAACUACGAGGCUUGCAUGUGGGGCUGCUGCUGGGACUGUUGGCCAGACAGUUGCUUACCCUCUCGAUGUCAUCCGGAGAAGAAUGCAGAUGGUAGGCUGGAAGGAUGCUGCUUCGGUUGUCGUUGGUGAUGGGAAGAGUAGGGCAUCCCUGGAAUAUACUGGGAUGGUUGAUGCCUUCAGGAAAACGGUCCGUCAUGAGGGGUUUGGAGCGCUGUACAAGGGUUUGGUCCCAAACUCUGUUAAGGUGGUGCCGUCCAUAGCAAUUGCUUUUGUCACAUAUGAGGUAGUGAAGGACGUUCUUGGAGUUGAGAUGAGGAUAUCUGACUAAAAAGCAAAGAGAACAUUGAGCCACAUGUUAAACUUUUGUUCUAAAUCCGGAAGUGAGCGGGAAUGGACUGCGUAGGAGAAGGUAUAGUGUCAGUAUUUUUUAAUAAUUGUAGGAGGAAGUUUAGAAACAGAGACCUAUUAUCUUUCAAGGAAAUGAUGUAUGCACGCCCGAUUGAUAUCUAGAGAAUACGAGUAAUUUUGCCUUGA